AUGUUGGAUGUUGCCGGCCGCACCAACACUAGAGCAAGAAGGAUCAAUGACACCGGACACACUAAUAAUCCAGACGGUCUGUUUCUCAAAGAGGCUCUGAUAAGCCACACGAGGACUAUGAAGCACCGCGGCGAUUGGCCAGACCAUCAUCUUCUAGCCGAUGAUAUGUCAGCUUCUGGUGAAUUAUCCUCCGACAAGGAAGAUGACUGUGAGGCCGAGGACUCGCCGUAUCCUGAAGUGCGAGCCGUUGCACGAAAUUUCGAUGAGGAGCAUUUGCCAUACAACACUAUAAGGGCUUGGGUAAUCGGCUUGAGCCUUUGUAUUAUUGGAGCCGCUCUCAAUACUCUCUUCUCUUUGCGGUCCCCCAGAAUUGGCCUUGGAUCACUCAUAGUGCUGUUCCUCGGUUGGGUUUUGGGUCGGACUUGGGAGACGUGUAUGCCUGAUAAACGCAUACAGCUCUGGCCUUCAGGUCCUAAAUUGGAUCUUAAUCCUGGGCCAUUCAACGUCAAAGAGCAUUCAGUCAUCAUGAUCAUGGCUAGUGUUGCUCUCUCAGUGGCGAACGCGACGGAUGUGAUCUUAGCACAGCUGGUAUUCUAUAAACAAGAUUUCGGCGUUUUGUACCAGCUUCUCCUCAUCGUCUCGACACAAUGUUUAGGGUAUGGCAUUGCUGGCAUGCUGAGAAAGCUUCUGGUAUACCCUGCAUCAAUGAUCUGGCCAAGCAAUCUUGCUGUUGUCUCAUUGCUCACUACCAUGCACGAGUCAAAUCAGUCCGCCUUAGAUCCCGCCGUCUUCAGUGGAAACAUGCCCAAGCUUCGAUGGUUUUUCAUAGUUGCGAUGUCCAUGUUUGUGUACUAUUUCAUUCCAGGCUUUCUGAUGCAGUGCCUGAGUAUCCCUGCCUUUCUUACUUGGGCUGCCCCUAGUAACGCCGUCGUCAAUCAACUAUUCGGAGGCACUACUGGGAUUUCUCUUAUCCCAAUUACCCUUGACUGGGCUCAGAUUGCGGGCUACGUCGGAUCGCCGCUGAUACCACCUUGGCCGGCUAUCGCUAAUACACUUUUGGGAGUUGUGAUAUUCUAUUUGGGUUUAUCUACGGUUCUGCACUACACAGGGGUAUGGUAUGCCGCCUACUUGCCCAUAAGCGAUUCGCAGCCCUACGACAACACAGGUGCCAGGUACAACGUAACGCGCAUUUUAUCCCCGAUGUUCACGCUUGAUCAACAGGCGUACGAAUCCUACUCACCCGUUUUUAUUAGUACUACUUUUGCCAUCAACUACGGCCUGUCCUUUGCAACCGUUGUCUCGUUGGUCUGCUACACCUGGCUCAACCACAGGCACAGAAUAUGGUCCCUAUAUACUAAAGGCGCGCAUGAAAAACCAGAUAUUCACAUGAAACUCAUGUUCAAAUAUAGAGAAGUGCCACAUUGGUGGUAUCUCAGUAUUUUUGCAAUUAUGUUCUCAUUAGCGCUGACCACAGUUCUAAUAUACCCCAUAAGCCUCCCCCUAUGGGCAUUCUUCCUCGCAAUAGCAAUAUCGACAAUCUUUGCGAUACCAAUUGGCAUAAUUCAAGCCGUCACAAACACACAAAUUGGGCUAAAUGUCUUGACCGAGUUUGUCUUUGGCUAUAUACAACCAGGAAAGCCCAUGGCGUUAAUGAUUUUCAAGAACUUUGGCUAUGUGACCAUGUCGCAAGCGCUAGACUUUGUGGCGGACUUGAAGUUUGGGCAUUAUAUGAAAUUGCCACCACGAGUCACAUUCGUCUGCCAGCUUUCAGCAACGCUCGUGUCCUGCCUAGUUCAAGUUCUAGUGCUGAACAUGACGAUUCAUAAUGUUGAUGGAAUAUGUGACCCCCAGCAGCCGUCACAUUUCACUUGCCCUGGUGGAAGAGUCUUCUUCUCAUCGUCUGUCUUAUGGGGCCUCAUCGGGCCGGCCCGCUUGUUUUCACUAGGUCAAAUCUACUCGGGAUUGCUCCUGUUUUUCGUCUUGGGGUCUAUCCCACCAGCAACACCGUUGAACUAUCUCUCAUGGGGUAUUGUGGGAUUCGUCUUCCAAUAUCUAAUCAAAACAUAUCACUUUCGCUGGUGGAGUCGACUGAACUAUCUGACGUCUUCUGGUCUCGACCUGGGGCUGGCUAUGUCGACGACUGUUAUAUUUGCUCUCAGCUUGGCUGGUGUCCAUGCGCCACAAUGGUGGGGAAAUACUGUAUCGCAAACCACGAUGGAUGCUAGACACACAGCUGUACAAGUCGUGUUGCCUCUGGGAGAGCGAUUUGGUCCGGACAAAUGGUAA